CCACUCCUCGUUACGGCGUUUGUGGAAGCGUUCAAGAUAUAGCAUAAUCCAACCAGUCAGAAGCAGUCCAUUUAACUCCAACUGCCCUUUGAUAGUGGAUCCUUUCCGGUCUAGGCUUCGAUCUAUCAGCUCGACUUUGUCGUCACGGUUGUGUCUGGCAACCAUAUUCUGAACAUCCCGUCGUCCGAACCACCAACCUUUAUCACUUUUAUUGUUCGGGAAACGUCCGUAACGGUAAACUCACACUCUGAACCGGCGACGCCUCGCGGCGAACCGUUCCUAGGCUCUAGUCUAGGCACUACGUAGCCAGGCACUGCACCUCCUUCGCUUCUGCACGCCACCCGGUUGACCUUACAAGAUUCGUUACUGGGUAGCCUCAUUGUCUUCAUCCCGGUCUUAUCCCCUUAUAACCAUCACGAUACGGGCUCCAAAUCCGGCACCGAUUUCAUCGUUACCGGCUCUUGUCUCUCGGGGAUUUCUCGCUUUUCCGUACUGAAUAUUCUCUCCUGUUCUGUGUAAGUUCUAUGCCAGACCCGUUUACCUCGAUGUCCCCUGAUCCCACGUUUCGGCACUGAGCACCUGUUGUCAUCGGACUUGCGGAGGCGUUUCAUUACUGCCAAAUCCCGUCCUGGGCCCUCUUUGUCCUAUCAUAGCCCUCGGCUGUUUUCACUCCCCAAGAUGCUCUCCCUCACGUUCGGCUACCCCAGUAUUCUUUACGCUGAGGGUGAAGUCUAGAGGGUGUGCAUGGGGUGCAUAUAGCGUCCACUUGACUCUUGUCUAAGUCAGCUUGGUCACAGUACUCUGCUUAUAUCAGAGCCAUAUUCCCUCUCAACUUGGGCUGGUCUUGGCUAUUGUAUUCAUCACUCAUCUUCUCCCAUUCAAGAAAGCACUUCGUGUAAUGCCAAAAUAUUUCCUUCAAGAGGGCUGUCAUUACUUCUACCGAACCGCUCUCCGCGGACUCAACGUUAGCACAAGCGUGUCACCUCUCUACGCCUAAACUUCGUUUCCAUCACCCCCGACUAACACCAUGACUCAAGUCCGCACUUUCACUCCUCCUCAGCCCCUUGGAGACAGGCUCUCUGACCCAACUUCUGCUCCAAAGCCUGCUGGUUCUACCGUUCCGCGAACUCUUCCCGAUAUUCCAGAGCUUGCUCAACCACGGCGCAAUUCUCCCCCAAGACUUAGCGGCGACUAUACUCGUGUUCCAAUGGCCAACUACAACGAGUCACGGAAAGAUGGUGGCAUCACUUUCUCUGGGCAGGACAAACUACCCAAGCUGCCUAUCCCUGAACUCGAGGCCACCUGCAAGCGGUAUCUUGAAGCUCUCAAGCCACUCCAGACAGCCCGAGAACAUGCAGAGACACAGCAUGCCGUCAACGAAUUCCUAAAGAGCGAUGGGCCCGAGCUGCAGGAGAAAUUAAAGGCAUAUGCUCAGGGCAAGACGAGUUACAUCGAACAAUUCUGGUAUGAUUCUUAUCUCAACUUUGAUAACCCCGUUGUUCUCAACUUGAACCCUUUCUUCUUGCUUGAAGAUGACCCAACUCCCGCUCGCAAUGAUCAAGUCACUCGUGCUGCUUCUUUGGUCGUCUCAUCCCUUGAAUUCGUUCGUGCGGUGCGAAAGGAGGAGCUUGCUCCAGACAAGGUCAAGGGAACUCCACUUUGCAUGUACCAGUUCUCGAGACUGUUCGGCACUGCGCGAGUUCCCACUGAGGAAGGAUGCCAAAUCGAGCAAGAUCCUGAGUCGAAGCACAUCGUCGUCAUGUGUCACGGCCAAUUCUACUGGUUCGAUGUCUUGGAUGAUAACUCAGAUGUCAUUAUGAGCGAGAAGGAUAUCUCCAUCAACCUGCAGACCAUUGUUGAUGAUGCAACCCAAGUUCCCAUCCAAGACGCUGCCAAAGGCGCUGUGGGAGUCCUGAGCACCGAGAAUCGCAAGGUAUGGUCAGGCCUUCGAGAUGUCCUGACCAGCGAGCCUGGUUCCAACAAUGCGGAUUCACUCGGAAUUGUAGACACGGCCCUCUUCGUUCUUUGCCUCGACUACACAGAGCCUGCAGACGCUGCAGCCCUUUGCCAGAACAUGCUUUGUGGUACCAGCGAGAUCGAGAAAGGUGUUCAAAUCGGCACAUGUACCAACCGAUGGUACGACAAGCUUCAAAUCAUUGUUUGCAAGAACGGAAGUGCUGGUAUCAACUUUGAGCAUACCGGUGUCGAUGGCCACACAGUUCUGCGAUUCGCUAGCGAUGUUUACACCGACACCAUUCUUCGAUUCGCCCGCACAAUCAAUGGCCUGGCUCCUUCUCUCUGGGCAUCUUCUAGUCCCGAUCCCUCCAAGCGUGAUCCCGAGAGUUUUGGAGAUGUUAGCGUCACUCCUCGAAAGCUGGAGUGGGAUAUGAUCCCUGAGCUCAGCGUCGCAGUUCGCUUUGCAGAGACUCGAUUGGCAGAUCUCAUUGAGCAAAAUGAGUUCCAGACUUUGGACUUCGGCCACUAUGGAAAGAACUUCAUCACUUCCAUGGGCUUCUCUCCAGAUGCCUUUGUUCAGAUGGCUUUCCAAGCGGCAUACUAUGGGCUUUAUGGUCGUGUUGAGUGUACAUAUGAGCCAGCCAUGACCAAGACGUUCCUACACGGCCGAACCGAGGCGAUCAGAACCGUAUCGUCAGAGGUCGUUGAUUUCGUCCAAGCCUUCUGGGCUGAUAAUCCUGUCGACGCAAAGAUUGAGGCACUCAGGAAGGCGUGCCAGAAGCACACCGCAAAUACCCGACAGUGUCUGAAGGCCGAAGGCUGUGACCGACAUCUCUACGCUUUGUUCUCUGUAUGGCAGAGGAGUCUGGAUGAUGACCUUGAUAGUGGUUUCAACAGCAAUGGCUACUCGAGCCCGGGAGAUGGAUACUCCGACCAAGCAGGAUCGCCCGUUGGAAGCCCAGGUAACGACUCACUGCCCUCUGUUGACGGCGUCGAAGUGAGGCCUACACGAGAUCGUGGCUACAGCGUCAACUCGAGAUCGCGCGACCAGAACCCACUUCCCCUCCUGUUUGCUGAUUCUGGGUGGGAUAAGCUUAAUAACACAAUCCUUUCAACUUCCAACUGUGGUAACCCUUGUCUACGCCAAUUCGGCUUCGGUCCCACAUCAGGGGAUGGUUUCGGUAUUGGGUAUAUCAUCAAGGACGAAGGGCUCGCUAUUUGUGUUGCAAGCAAACACCGUCAGACAAAACGCUUUGUUGACACCCUCGAGAGUUAUCUUCUUGAGGUUCGUCGCAUCCUACGUAUAGAUAACCGCAAGAUGUCAACUGGAAAAGUGAGCCGCGCUCGCGAGGUGGAAAUCGAAAGACCCAAGCUCGUGAGCCGCAUCAAGUCCAGAGGUCGUCCCAUCACCGCUGUCGAGAGCCUGCGAUCUGCGACUGGCACAACAUCCCCCACCAACGAGAGUAGCACCUUUAGCGAAGAUGACGAAAUGGGCGGGUGUAAGUUUCUCCUCUCUUACCCUCAAUUCCCCUCAACAUAAUAGACUAACUUGAUAACUAGAUGGAUUCUUCGAUGCUGGGAUGCUGUUGCAAGCACUCAAGGCCCGCAACGAACAGUUUGAGUCGACUGAUACGCGCGCUUCAGACAGGGCUGCAGCUGCUCAGGCUCGCCGCCGUGACAUUGGAAAGAAACUGAGGCUGAGUGACUAUUAAUGAUCAUAUCAUAUCAUGUAGUACAUAUUUCAUUGCAUAGCGUGGUCAUGGAUCUUGCAUGGAGUUAAAGGGAGGCUCAUGUUUUAUAUCAAGACACCUAGGUGUAAGCAUUGAAAGUAGUGAUUUUACAGUUUUUGAUAUUUUAUAACAAAGUCAUAUACAUAUGCGCUUUGUCCAACGUUAAUCGCUACAAGAUGUUCUCACAAG